AUGGCUUCGAUAUUCUCAACAAAAGGUCAAAGGUGGAGUGCUGUUAGAGAAUCGGGUCAACUGUUCAGUGAGAGUUGCAUGAAAUUUAUGAAAGAACAAUCUACCAAGGCCAACAGUCAUCAUGUAACUGCUUUCGAUCGAUUCAACCGUACCUUCAGUGUCCGAGAAACAAUUGACCACAAUGAAGGAUUGUCGAGACAGCAAUAUCGGGUUCUACUAGAUGAUCAUUGGUGUGACUGUGUAUACAGUGUGGCAUUUCUAGUGGUGGAAAAGGAGGAUUACUGGCCUGAGUAUGAUGGGGAGUCGCCGCAACUUCAAACAAAUUGUUACUUUGCUCAACUUCAAACCAAACUCAAAAACCUAAAAAUCAAUUGGUCUUCGCCGCAACCUCGCCAUAGCCGUAGCCCGUUCCUCGGAGUCCCAUCACCGCAUCUUCGCCGGUGUUCCGUUGCCGCAACCUCGCCGGAGCACGAUUUCGUGAACCCUAGCGCCAUCGUCUUCUUCAUCUUCACACUUCAACUCAGUCAAGCUGUGCACAUUCCAAACCACAAAUUUACAGUGAAUGUUGUGCGAAACCUCAGUCAAAAAACACAUUGGAGAAUCAAAACUCACCUAGCCAUUAGUCAUUUGGAUGUAAAUAAGAUCAAUAACAUUGUUGCUGACAUGCGGAAAGUAUUAGCCAAAAAUCCUCAAGUUGAGCAGCAGAAGUUGCACAGGAGAGUGUUUUUGGACAAUAUAAACCCUGAAAAUCAGGCUCUCAUGUGAAUGGAGAUGUUAUUCUGCACAUGAUUAACCACUUUGAUUAAAAGAUUGUCACCUUCUCUAGCUACAAUGCGAGCUCCUGGAAAUUGACCAUUCACUGUCACCAUGCUCUUGCUGUGGCACAGUCUUGUCACAUUUUGGUACAUUAUCUGCAUCAGUGACCUCAAUUUUGUUACAUGAAGACUAAAGAAAGGAAAAGAAACUAAAACCACAAAACAAUGUACAAUUAAUAAGGGUGGUGUGUAGUAAGUGUUUCUUGUUUGUUACAGUUUUUCUUACUUGGACUUGUUGGGUACAGUCUCUUUCCAUGAAGCCAUUUCUUUCAUUUUUUUUAUUGAACAAAACAUGUUUAUGUAACUUAAAAUGUUACCUUCCUAUAACAGAAUAACUAUGAAAGAAGGAUUUUACCUUGUGGGUUUGGACAAUACAUCGCCAACAUUUGCUUCUGCUAUGCAAAAUUCUGUUCCUGCCCUAACAUUUCUGAUGGCUGUGAU